GCACUUUACAGGUUUUGAUGCUGAUAACGAUAACCCACCAAAGGGUCAUCCUUUUAUUUUUAGCUGCAGCCGUUCAGUUUAAUUACCGCGAUUUGACGUAAGCCGUCAUUUGCUGAGAUUGCAAAAAUUCGUAUUUGUUGGGCGACUAGAGGUUAGCACUUGGCCGCUCCGUGUUACACUAUUGGCUGGGAGCCUGGCUUAGUAACGGUUUUGUUUUGUGCUCGGCGUUGCCAUAUGACGUUUCGUAGCAGUCGGCUUUUAAAGAGCUUCUUGAGCAGCUGAUAGGCUAUUUUUGGCGCAAAAAAUUGCCAAUUUUGUGUUUAUGUUUGGAUUGCAAUUUAGUUGCUCGACAUGGAUCCCUGUAUCAUCGAGUUCAUUGGAGAGAAGUCUAUAAUAGGCAUCAUUCCGAACUUUUCUAACGACCCAUUACAUUUGAUAUACGGGACAGUAGGACCGUUUCGGGCUGGCCUGCCCGUGCAUGUGCCUCUCUGGUUGGGAAUACAUCUUCGCAAGCAGCAAAAGUGUCGCAUAGUCCCGCCGGAAUGGAUGGACAUGGACGUGCUGGAGGAGAUCAAGGAGGAGGAGAAAAAGUCCAAGUUCUUUACAAAGAUGCCUAGCGAGCAUUAUAUGGUUGUCGCACAAUUAGUUAUGAGCACUGCACCGGACGAUGUGCCGCGCUGUGAGGAGCUCCGUACCAUUAUCAAAGAUAUAUUUGACAUACGCGAGUCCAAGCUGCGCACCUCCAUCGACGCCUUCAUAAAGGGUGAAGGAACCUAUGCUAAGUUGGACAAUCUAACUCUGCUAGAGAUUCACAGUGUUCGUCCAAUCUUGCCCCAUUCGCUGGAUCACAUUGCACGUUAUCAGCGCAUGGCGGAGGUGACGCAACGCGACACAUCAAUUCUUGGCCUCAGCCGGACGACUGGAACAGGAACGGGAACGGGAACGAUGAGCAACAGCUCUCUUUACACGCAAUGAUGCGAUUUUUAAAUUCAUAUGUAUAUUAUGUAUGUAUGUAAGUUGAAAUGUAUGUUAUUAUUGUGUUGGCGUCGCGCUGUGAAUGGCAACAAAGUGUUAAACAGCUGUUUGUGCGUGACGUCGUCUUGCAUUUUGAGUGUACCUUAGGAUUAUAAUAAAAAGUAUUAAUUGCUAGAAA